AGCGACUAAAACUUCUCCCACGGCAGCACCCAUGUAAACAGCCCCCUCUCUCUUCCAGUACUUCGAGCCAUGUCCAGGAGCCUGAAGAAGAGGAAGAACCACUGGACCAACAAAGCCCACGAGAGUAUCCUUUGCAGGAAUGAGGAGGGGGAGCUGGGGCUGGAGCUGAAGGGCGGCGCGGAGAAUGGACACUUCCCGGUGGUCGGCGAGCUUCUCCCGGGCAGAGCGGCGUGUCACAGCGGCAAACUCAGCCAGGAUGAACUCCUGCUGGAAGUCAACGACACCCCCGUGGCGGGACUCACCACCAGGGACGUCCACGCUGUGGUCAAACACAGCAAAGACCCCGUCCGGCUCAAGUGUGUCAAACAAGGGGGCGUGAUAGACAAGGACCUCCGCCGAUACCUCAACCUGCGCUUCCAGAAGGGUUCAGUGGACCACGAGUUGCAGCAGAUCAUCCGGGACAACCUCUACCUCCGCACCAUCCCCUGCACCACCCGGCAGCCGAAGGAGGGAGAGGUCCCAGGCGUGGAUUAUAAUUUUGUGACUGUUGACCGGUUUAUGGAAUUGGAGAAAAGCGGAGCCCUGCUGGAGAGUGGAACGUAUGAAGAUAACUUUUACGGCACCCCAAAGCCGCCAGUCGAGCCCAACUCUCUGCUGCUAAAUGUAACAGACCAGCUGCUGCCGGGCGCCAGACCCAGCUCUGAAGGCAAGAGGAAGCGCAACAAGUCAGUCAGCAACAUGGAAAAAGCCAACAUCGAGCCCCCGGAGGAAGAGGAGGAGGAGAAGCCCAUCGUCAACGGCAACGAUGUUGCCGUCACCCCAGAGUCGAGUGAACAUGAGGACAAGAGUACAGAUGCUUCAGGAGACGUCGCCCCGCUGAGUAACUCGGCAGAGGCCCCAGCAGAAGUGCCCAAAGAGGACGGACAGUCCCCAAAGAUGGUGGUGCCCAAACCGGAGGAGAACGAUGAGCUGGGGCCACUGCCUGACAACUGGGAGAUGGCCUACACAGAGAAAGGAGAAGUCUACUUCAUAGACCACAACACUAAGACAACAUCGUGGCUGGACCCGAGGCUCGCCAAGAAGGCAAAGCCGCCCGAGGAAUGCAAAGAGGAUGAGCUUCCGUACGGCUGGGAGAAAAUCGAUGACCCCAUUUAUGGGAGCUACUACGUGGAUCAUAUAAAUAGAAGAACCCAGUUUGAGAACCCGGUUCUGGAGGCUAAGAGGAGACUUCAGCAGCAGCAGCAGAUGCAAAGCCAGGGUCUGUCCUCACUGCCCCUUCCCACCAUCUACAGAGAAAAGCCGCUGUUCACUCGGGACCCCACUCAGCUGAAAGGCAGCUUCUUGUCCACGUCACUCCAAAAGAGCAACAUGGGCUUCGGCUUCACCAUCAUCGGAGGCGACGAGCCCGAUGAAUUCCUCCAGGUCAAAAGUGUUAUUCCUGACGGGCCCGCCGCAGCUGAUGGAAAGAUGGCCACAGGUGAUGUCAUUGUCUACAUAAAUGAUGUCUGCGUCCUGGGCACCACCCAUGCCGAUGUAGUUAAACUCUUCCAGUCUGUACCCAUCGGGCAAAGCGUGACCCUCGUUUUGUGUCGCGGCUAUCCUUUACCAUACGACCCAGAGGACGCCGCCAACACCAACAACACCACCACCAUCAUCUCCCCGCUGGGCAUCAUGGAGCAGCGGCCCAUCAUGGUGAACGGCAGGUCGGAUUACGACACCUACCUGGAUUAUCUCACCCGCUCGUCGCGCUUCAUCGCAGAUCCCAAUCAGGAUCAAGUGAAUUCCCAGCAUCAGAUUUUCGCCGCUCACCCAGGAGACACCCACUUAGACGGAUCGCUUCCCACCACCACCGGCACCACGCCUCCCGAUAGCGUCUCCAUGGCGUCAUCAGGCCCCACCCAGGGGGAGCUGCUGACUCUGACGAUGGUGAAGGGCGUGGAUGGGUUUGGCUUUACGAUCGCAGACAGUAUGACGGGCCAGCGAGUCAAACAAAUACUGGAACCGCAGGGAUGCCCAGGUCUGUUUGAGGGCGACCUGAUCAUGGAGAUCAACAAGCAGCACGUUCAGGGACUCACACACACGCAGGUUGUGGAUCUGCUCAAGGAGUGUGCUGUGGGAUCAGAGACCAGCCUGGUGGUUCAGAGAGGUGCGACAGGUCACUUUUCACCCUGGAAGACUCCAAAGCAGGUGCUGGAGCAGUGGGAGUCCCAGCAGGGCCCGGGCUGCCCCGCUCAGACCAGCCUGUCCGCUCCUGUCCCCCCCUACAGCUCUCCUUUCCCAACACACCAUCUUCACGGGGCCUCGGUCCCAGACUCAGCCUGCGAGGCCUUGGCUAAACCAGAUCCCUAUGAGCUAUUUGAGAAGUCCAUGGCUAUCUAUGAGAGUAGGCAGCCCAGCCAGCCGAGGGCUGUUUUUCCCGUGGACUCAUCGGGAGUGGAGUUCCAGGACAUUGAGGUCCACCUGCGCAGACAGAAGUCCGGGUUUGGUUUCCGGGUGCUGGGCGGGGACGAUGCCGGGCAGCCUGUGAGUUUGGAGACACGUGAGAAGAUCUUAAUCGGAGCGAUCAUAGAGAAGAGUCCAGCAGAUGUGGACGGGCGGUUACGACCGGGUGACGAGCUGCUGUUCGUGGACAGGAUCCCUGUGGUUGGGAAGCCGCACAGAUAUGUCAUCGACUUGAUGCACGCGGCAGCACGGAACGGACAGGUCCAUCUGGUCAUCAGGAGGAGGGCUCAGACUGGAGGUGAGUCUUGUCCGAAGAACGGCCAAAGCCCGGGCUCCAUCUCCACGCAGCACAGCUCUCCAUGCAGCGACUUCACUUACGGAAACGGUGCAACCCAGGCUCCCGGCCCCAACAUGGGCAACGCCACUGCUAUUUCAGACGGGACGUCAAACGCCAACGUGCAACCGAGCGACGUCGCCAUCAGCCGAAAGGAGAGCGAAGGCUUCGGCUUUGUCAUAAUCAGCUCGCUGAACCGGCCAGAAACAGCCACAACUAACACUGUGCCCCAUAAAAUCGGACGCAUCAUCGAGGGCAGCCCGGCUGACCGCAGCGGGAAGCUGAAAGUGGGAGACCGGAUCCUGGCGGUGAACGGUCAGUCCAUCGUGAGCAUGCCGCACGCUGACAUCGUCAAGCUGAUCAAAGACGCGGGCCUGAGUGUCACUCUGAGGAUCAUCGCACAGGACGAGGUUAGCAACCCUCCGUCAGCCCCCACCUCCGAGAAGCAGAGCCCCAUGGCUCAGCAGCACAGCCCACAGGCCCAUCCCAACACCUCAGCUUCCCAGUCCAAUCAAGAACCAACAGAACCAAACCCCUCUGCUGGCCAGCCCAACCUGGUGCCCCAUCAGAGCCCAGUCACCCAGCUUCCUGCUCCUCCACCACAGACCUACACCCAUGACGGCAGUUACAGGUCUGAGGUGAAGGCGAGGCAGGACGUGAAGCCAGACAUCCGACAGCCGCCUUUCACAGAUUACCGGCAGCCUCCGGUGGAUUAUCGGCACCCUCCUGUGGCGGACUACAGGCAGCCGCCGACACUGGACUACAGACACCCACCACUGCUCGACUACAGACAGUUAGCCACCGAUGCCCGGCAGUUUGCCAUCCCAGACUACAGGAUGCCUCCAGUUCAACUUCCACAAGACUUUGACUUCUUCACGGUGGAGCUGGAGAAAAGUGUGAAAGGCUUCGGCUUUAGCAUCCGAGGAGGGUGGGAGUACAAAAUGGACCUGUUUGUCCUGCGUCUCGCAGAGGACGGACCAGCCAUACGCAACGGGAGAAUGAGGGUCGGAGACCAGAUCAUUGAGAUCAACGGGGAGAGCACUCGGGACAUGACCCACGCCAGGGCCAUAGAGCUCAUCAAGUCUGGAGGCAGACGAGUUCGUCUCCUGCUAAAGAGGGGGACAGGGCAGGUCCCAGAGUACGACAAUGCCUCCCCAUGGGAUGGUCGACCUUCAGCCUCCCCAAGCCUGUCGGAAGUAGCCCCUCUCAUUGACAGCUUCUCCACGCCAUCGCCUUCAUCUCAUUUAGCCUCAGCCCCCCACCUUCCUCAUCUGCCUCCUCAGGACGUCCCUCAAGACAGCAAGAGCCCCCCGAGAGCUGAGCUGCUAAUCCGAGAUCCCAUCAGCCAGGCGAGGAGAGUGGCUGCAGGCGGCGGGAGCAGCCGAGCCAAGAAGGAGGGUGGCAGGUCCACCCGUCAGGGGCACAGGGUGCAGCAGCCCUCUGCUGAUGGAGAAGGGUGCAACGAGGGGCAGAGCGCUGAGCCCGGAGCUUUCAGGAGCUCCAGAGGAACGUCCAAGGAGAGGAGCACUGGGGACAGCAGAGACUGCGCUCACUGUCCCAGCAGCUCCAAGGUCCAGCACUCGAAUGGGACCAGCAGCGCGGCGGAGUGCCGGAGCGACGGGAAGCAGAGCAAACCCAGGCUCCGAGAGCCGGACGCUGGUCUGGCUGCGAGCCGCUCCAAUAAGAGCAGCGGCACCGCCGCAGGGCGGAAGGCCACGGUCUCUCCUGGGCCGUGGAAGAUCCCCGGAUCCGACAAGCUGCCGAGCGCUCUGCGCACGGGCGCCGCCUCCACGCUCGGCAGAUAACGGCCCAGCUCCAGCAGGAAACGGUGGCCCUCACACCC